AAAAAGCGCAGCUUGGGGAAGCCUGGGCAUCACCACCGGCUCCCGUGGGGGCUCCCUGCCCGCGGGUUUAGGGCUGGAUCCAGGUGGGAUUUGUUUCCCCAUUCCCCCCCGGCACCGCCGGGCUGCCGCUGCGGUUUGCGGUGACUCACGAGGAAGGCGUCGGGCUGGUUUCUUCACGCCAGGCUGGCUGCUCCUCUCCCCAAAAUUUGCUGCCAUGCAGAAAAAAAAGAGCCCCAACUGGCUUUGAAAUCCUGCAAAUUGAAGCACCCCCGCUGGCCGAGCCUCGUGCGAUGCGUGGCCGCUCUGGCGCACACCCAAAGCGCUCGCGUGGCCGCGGGGCUGCUGCGGGAUCCCCUCUCCCUCGGCAGCAAGGGGUUAAGCGGGGAGGAAUUGCAGCCUUUAUCAUCAGGGCAGUGGAACUGGAAAGGUGAGGCAGGAAGGGGAAACGCCUGGGCUGCGCCCUGGCGAGGCUGCACAGGCAGCAGCGAGCGCACAUGGUGCCGGCAGCCCCUCGCCCCGGCGCAGCGGGCACAGUCGUGAAGGAGCCCAGACCCUCGCCUGGAAGGAGCCGGCAGCGCCCGGGCCGAUGCCAUGGACGGAGCUCAGCCCCCGCUAGCUGCAGAAGAGCUGACAACCCCAGGGCUGAAGAAGGCGCACACCCCCCCUCUGCAUGAGGACGCCAACACGGCUGUCAUCGCAGUUGUCAUCACGCUGGUGUUCAUCACCCUGCUGACGGUCCUGGUGGUGAUCAUCAUCUACCUGUACAGAAACAAAGGCAGCUACCUCACCUACGAGCAGCCGGCGGCCGAGACGGACGUGUCGGUGCAGAUGGAGGACGCCCCCUCCAAGGAGAAGGAAGAGUAUUUCAUCUGAGCCCCGGGCCCAGCGCGCGCCCCUCUCUUGCACUCAGGUCUGAUGCCAUGUGGCCUGAAAUCUCUCAGUCUGGGAUCUAGAAGCUUUUUUUUUUUUUUUUUUUUCUCUCCCUAAUUUAUUCAGCAAACCACAGAAGAUGAAAACCAGGCGUGGCAGAGCGCAGCCCCGCUCCGGCUGCUCGCACCCUGCCCUCCCUUCGGUGCUUCCUAAUACAGCCCAGUGACAAAUGC